UUUCUGUUCUGCAGAGGAUGUGAAUAAGUUGACCUUAGGAAGUACUUAAUAUUUUAAUUUAAAAUGCUUUCGUUGUGCAGACGAAGUUGUGAUAACAGGUCUUAAUCAAACAAAAGUGUAGUGCCACCCAUCUGUCCUCAGGCUCUCCUGGAGUCUGCUAUAUGAUGUUUAUGUGAUGAUUUUCUCCUGCAUGCUGACAGCUCUCAUGGUGGACACUGCUUUCUAUCUCAGCAGCUUCCCUGCAGUCUUACUGCUGUUUUUCCUGUACGGCCUUGCAUGUGUAAGUCAGUUUUUAAAGCCGAAUUUUCUUACCACAUGAUUUAUUACUAUGUUGAUGAGCCAAAACAUUACUUCAGAGCCUUUUCAUAGUGCUCAGGACUCUACCCUUUGCAUAGUCGUAUUAACUAAGAGAGCUGAGUGGAUCCUCCGACUCAGCAGCAGUGAUCUGAAUCACAGCCAAAAGAUCUGACAGCAAAGUUUGCAGAAAGAAAGGUCACAGUCUAACUCUGGGGACUAAGGCUCUGCUUCCCUCGGUGGAUCUGAGUGUCUCAGGGAAUCUGGACACCCUGACAGCCUUCUGGGCUCCUCUCCCAGCAAAGUGUGAGACGAUUAGCCUAUCACACGUUUAAAGACAUCUUAUUGAAAUCUGCACUCUACUCUUUGCAUCAGCCUGGAGGGAAGAAGGACAGAGCUCAUGGCAUAUUGUCACAGUCAGGAUUUCCAGGUCCUGGACCAAGGUCAGUGCUUGGAGAAAGGCGCUCUGUCACCAGCACAAAGCCAAGCUUCGCUGGCAAGAGGGAACAAACAAAAGUUCACAGAAGUUCACGAGGACUGAGCUUUUCUGUUUAAAAAAGAACAAGAGAGCUACUUCCUAGAAAUGAACUUAAAUAGUCUAAUCUUCUCCUCAGACGUUGGCUCUGCCCCUCUCCUUCCCCCUGCGCUGAGCUGAAGGGCUGGGGGGGACACACCAUCCCCCAGCAGCUGCAAUUGCUCCACCUGCUCUUUGAAUGCAGGGGCUGACAGCAGCCCAGCGGCAAGCAUCCUGUUCCAGCAUGCAAACCAGCUCCAAAACCAGCCUAAUGUUUUGCUUAUUCUCUUUGUUUUCCAGCGCAGUGUGAGCCCUCCGCCUGUGCGGUGUUUUCACGGAUAAACCUGAAGCAGAGCGUGCUGCAGCGUGCAUCCGUCAUCCCAGCACAAAGUGGGUAAGGCAGCUCCCUGCUGCAGAUGCUGCACGUUCCCUGCAGUAGCUCACGCAAUGACUUUGUCUUAUUAAUAGGGAGAUUCUUGUUUAUUAGAUUUAAUAAUGUCCUCUUUAUGCGGCAAAGCUACAAAGAACACAAAGGGCCAUUCAUCAGCAGCUGCCUCCAGUGCUGGUUCUCAAGCACUGUGCCCCAAAUAGACCUCCCGGAAUAAAAGCAAAGAGCAGCCCAUGUCUUUCAGGUUAGGUAAGAAAAACAGUGCCAGGUGGUAGGUUUUGAGUGAUAAGGACUGGGGGUCAAGGUUUGGGAGCUUGGCAACUGUGGUUUGCGGCGGCAGUUGAAAGUGUUUGGGUAGGAAUGACAGGGCUUUUCAGGUCUCCUUGUCCUCUCGCAGCUGUGAUACAGAUAUGAACGUUGCCUAGUUCAAAUUCUAGUUAAACCUCUCCCCUUAAGUGCAAGUAAGCAACAUCAAGUGAUAUUUCUGAGAAUUUCAAGGAACUUCACAAAAAGCACUGAUGCAAGCUUCAAAACCGCCAUGAGACAAAGUUCUGUGGAGUAGGAGGAGAGUAAAGCUGAGUGAUGUUAAGCAAAGGACUGGUGUCCAGGAGAAGGCCCACAGCAGGGCUAACUUCACCAGGGGUAAAGGCAGUGUAACCCAGCCCUGUACAGCUCCUCACAGACCCUCCUGCAUCCCCCUGCUUCAGAGCAGCCAUGGCCAUGUGCGCUUUCUCCUGGGUAUUCACCUCCAGACCUUGUAGCUCAACUAAACAAAAUAACAUCCUUUCUUGAGAGCAACCAGGGGGGAAAAAGCCAGAAGACAGGACCAACAUCAAACAGAAAGGUAUUUGCGUCUGCUUGGAAAUGAAAGGCACCACGAAUCCACAGUCUCCCAUGCUACAAGAGCAGAGAGCAUCUCCAGCCGGGUAAACUCUGCUCUCCAGCCAACAGACCCGCAAAAGGCUUUAUCGCGGCAAGAAGAGCCCGUUCCCGUGCAACACAACUGGCCACACAUGGCUGUCCCAGAGCAGAGCCAGAUGUUCUUCAAGCAGAAGAAUUGAGGCAAGGCAGAUGUUGGCAACCUCGACAGCGUGCGAGUCCAAUUCUCUUUUUCCAUUCACUUGAGACAGAAGAGGAAAUCAGUGUUGGAUUACAGCUCAGUGUGUGAACCACGGAGGGGGUGAACAGGGUGUAUCAGGUCUUCACGAACGCGAAGCAGUGUACGCUCUCCAGUUUGCAGCACGCAAAAUGGAGGUAUCCAAUUUGUCCCUGUGCAUCUUCAUCGUGGCACAGACAGCAGAUGGAGUUUUAUGGGUAAAUGGAUGCAGUUAUGGGACCCUCUAAGGCCUCUAAAUAAUCCGCUGUCUUGGAGUUGGCCACUUCAGCUUGACCCUCACUCUGAGCAACUUCCUUCUUUGAAACAGUCUUCCUGCUCUGUGUCCCACAGCCUUGAGAGCCAGAAGCCAGCCCAGCCCACAACUUACUCAGCCACAAAAACCUGCUAAGAUGAUACAGCACAUCUUCUUUACCAUCCAGGACAGGACAGAAGACUCUUUGCCAACAUUGUGUAGCAGGGCUAUACCACAUUUCACAUGAGGAUUUGUAAUUGCCUUUCACAAGGGACUGACAAGCGAGAAAUGAACUCUGCAAGAAGCAAAUACCGGGAUGCGCUCGUCCCGGGGCAGUGGUUUAUGAGCAUCAGCAAGGGAGGAGCACUCACUAGAUGGGACCACAGGCUCGAGGCAGAAACGUGGGAAGUGGAGAAGACUGGAAAGGACGGGGCUGAAUCUGAGGAAAUGAAUCUGAAUCUCAGAUUGUUCCAGGGACCUGCCAGGGGAUGCUCCAUCCCAGCGUGCUGCUGUCAGGCAGACGGGGCACCCCAGCCCACCUGCUUCAGAAUCACUUUUUCACUCAAAUCCUCCCGUAAGCUCAAGGGACCAUGGCUCCUCCUUGUGUUACCACUCCCUGAUGGCUGCGUUAGAGAGAAAGCAUUUAUGAGAAGGGGGACUGAAUCAUGCACAGCCUGGAAGAAAGGCAGGACAUCAGCAGAGAAACUUGCCUUGGCCCUUUUAUCUCCAGCACCUUCACCAGGAACUUGGAAGACACAGCCAGCUCCUGCACUGUCACACCAUCCCAAUGCGCACGAGGAAGCUGUUCCCUACACCAGGAUGCAACCAAACUGGCCAGAUAUCACAAAGGAGCACAAAGACAUUCCUGGGACUGCAUCAACCCUCCAUGAAGCCAGCUACGAGGCACAUCAGCCAGCCGCACAUCAGGAACUACUGAUGCCAGUGGCCAAGUGGAGUGGGCUGAGGACCAGUCUGGCUGUGCCGAUCAUAGCGUGGAGUAACCAAAAUCACAGUGUCAUGGAAGGUGAUAGGAUCACAGCAUGCUUGUUUCCAUCAACAACUUCACAUCCCUCCCACAAUGGAGAUAGUGAUUUCCUUUGUAUGACAGACUAUUCUGUUGCACCAAGGGAGCCACUGGUUUAUUUUGGUUUGGCUAAAUAUGACCAGUUUUGUGGCUGGAUAAAGAAAUUUAACUCAUUAUACAAUCAAACUUGUUUGGCUUCUUGUUUCCCUUAUUCCUCUGUGAGCCCUGGGGACACCAGGAGGAGUUCAGGCAGGAGAGGGCUCUGA